UUCACGUGGUUUCUGUUUACGUUUCAUUGAGACUGUCAACAUGUCAUCAGAGAUAACACCUGAUUCCAGCAAGUCGGAAUACAUCUCUCAAAGGGAAUUAUCAAGAGGCAAAUGGAUAUCACUGAAUGAGAUCACAUACAAAGAUCCUAAUGGAUCCAAGUGUCAGUGGGAGGCUGUGUUCCGAACAACUGGACAAGAAGGUAGUGCUGAUGCGGUGGUUAUACUUGGAAUUGUGAAACGUCUGCUGAAGUAUGACUGUGUGGUGCUAGUGAAGCAGUACAGACCUCCACUUAAGAAAUACACCAUUGAAUUUCCAGCAGGUCUAGUAGAUGCUGGAGAAAGUUUGGAGGAAUGUGCUGUGAGAGAACUUAAAGAAGAAACCGGUUAUUUUGGCAAACCUAAACACUUGUCACCAGCAAUAUCUUUGGAUGCAGGAAUCAGUAAUUCAACUGUCAGCUUGGUUACAGUUGAGAUUGAUGGCGAUCUUCUUGAAAACAAGAAUCCUCAACCAAAGCCAGAAGAAUCUGAAUUUAUUGAAGUUUUUACAGUGCCUCUUGAUGAUCUCCUAGAAAAACUGAAUGAGUUCACAGCUAGUGCGGACAUUGUUGUUGAUGCUCGAGUUUACACGUACGCUGUUGCCAUGGAACAGACAAAGAAACACAUCCUGAAACCACCUUCUCUGAACCAUGCAUGCUAGUACAUAAUGUGCAACAAUAAUCCCAGAUUUUUAUUUUGAAUACUGAUUCUGGUACUCAUUGAGCCUUUCAUAUACUUUUCAAAAAAUGUAGGGGAACCUGAAAUAUUAAAGUUAAUAUCAACUAUUAGACCAAACAUAAGUUUUGACCACAGACAUCCUAGUAUAGAAUGUUCAGGUCUGUUUAUCAACACACCGAAACACAUUUGAG